CUCAACUGCUCGAUGCAGUUCACAGAUAACAAUGCGGAAGUUUGGUCUAAAGCUACCUGAAAUCACUUCCAAGAGCUCUUCAGAUAAAGCUGCCUUUGAUAGUCUUCAUUAACCCCUCCCAUAUUUGCCCCUCAGCGUCCCUUGGCUUAGCAGCCCCGGCCUUUGAAGUCCAACCUAAGCAUUCUUAGAUGGUGAGUGAGGGUCUGCCUUCCCCAGCACCAGCCACCUAGUCAGGCUUGUGGCUCGUCUAACAAACUGGAGCCUGAGAUUCUGAGAAAACGAAACCAAACAGUUGUACUCCGGGGUUAACACGGAGCAACUUCCACCUGCUGUGCGAGUUGGUGAUCCUUUCUCUUGCUGUUCGAGAGCCCCAGUGAAAACUUGAGUGAGAUGAGAGAGCAUGGAGCCUGCCAGUCUCCCCCUCUGCACACACACACACGCAAACACAUUUAACUUUCCACUUGCAGUGACCUGCCCUUCAAUGUGACUUAUCAGCUGUUUGGCUUUUGUCACUAAAGGAAAACAAAUUGUGGAAUAUCCCGCUCUGCAUGCUCAUGAGAUGGCUGAGCCAACUCAGGGGUUAUGAGGUGGUUUGCGAGUGAGGAGAAGAAUGAUCUUCAGUUUCUGACCUCCUGGCACGGUGGCGGGCGGUAUUUAUCAGGAGGUACAUGUGACUGGUUAAGACUCAGAGCCCCAGCUUGAAGGAAACAGCUGCUCUCGGCGUGCUCCGGCACUUGGCAGCUGGACAGGCAGAGUGCUGAUGUGAAAAAUACCACGACAAAACCACCCUAGUUCUCCAAAAUACUUAUCAUUCAGGUUGAAUAAACCAGUUCUACAGACUGCUUCUUCCGUGCAUUUCCCAAUGACGCUAACUGCCCUUAAAAUUCUUUCAGAUUUGGAACUCUAUCUGUAUGGAAACAACAGAGUUUUCUUGAAGUACAACUAAGGAGAGGUCACCACUAGGCACUAACAUCGCUGACUUGCAUGAUUAUGGAGAUGGUCUAUCUGAUGCUGAAAAUGUCUCUAGUUUUUUGACAACGGCUAAAUAACCAUGGGAUCAAGUGGCCUUGGGAAAGCAGCAACAUUAGAUGAACUGCUGCGCACUUGCAUUGAGAUGUUUGAUGACAAUGGAGAGCUGGAUAAUAGUUAUUUGCCAAGAAUAGUUCUACUGAUGCACCGAUGGUAUUUAUCUUCCACUGAAUUGGCAGGAAAACUUCUCUGCAUGUAUCGAAAUGCCACUGGAGAAAGCUGCAAUGAAUUUCGAUUAAAGAUCUGCUACUUCAUGAGGUACUGGAUUCUGAAGUUUCCUGCAGAGUUUAAUUUGGAUCUUGGUUUGAUUCAUAUGACUGAGGAAUUUCGGGAAGUAGCUAGUCAACUAGGAUAUGAAAAACAUGUCAGCCUCAUCGACAUAUCCAGCAUUCCUUCCUAUGACUGGAUGAGAAGAGUCACACAGAGGAAAAAAGUAUCCAAGAAAGGAAAAGCCUGUCUGCUGUUUGACCAUCUGGAGCCCAUUGAAUUGGCUGAGCACCUCACUUUUCUGGAGCAUAAAUCUUUUAGAAGGAUCUCAUUCACUGAUUACCAAAGCUAUGUCAUCCAUGGCUGCCUGGAGAAUAAUCCAACCUUGGAAAGAUCGAUUGCUUUAUUUAAUGGAAUCUCUAAGUGGGUCCAGUUGAUGGUUCUUAGCAAACCAACCCCCCAGCAAAGGGCAGAAGUCAUCACAAAGUUUAUCAAUGUUGCAAAGAAGCUCCUUCAGCUCAAAAAUUUUAACACCCUGAUGGCAGUGGUGGGAGGCCUCAGUCAUAGUUCCAUUUCACGCCUCAAAGAGACCCAUUCUCAUCUUUCUUCAGAAGUUACAAAGAACUGGAAUGAAAUGACAGAGUUGGUCUCCUCCAACGGCAAUUACUGCAAUUACCGCAAGGCCUUUGCCGACUGCGAUGGCUUCAAAAUCCCCAUCCUUGGAGUACACUUGAAAGACUUGAUAGCUGUCCAUGUCAUUUUCCCAGACUGGACAGAGGAGAACAAAGUGAACAUUGUGAAAAUGCACCAGCUCUCCGUUACCCUGAGUGAACUAGUCUCCCUGCAGAAUGCCUCUCACCACUUAGAACCCAACAUGGAUUUGAUCAACCUGCUCACGCUCUCCCUGGACCUCUAUCACACUGAAGAUGAUAUUUACAAACUGUCACUGGUGCUGGAGCCUAGAAAUUCUAAAUCGCAGCCUACCUCCCCUACGACACCCAACAAGCCUGUGGUACCCCUGGAGUGGGCAUUAGGGGUGAUGCCAAAGCCAGACCCCACGGUCAUCAACAAGCACAUAAGGAAAUUAGUGGAGUCUGUAUUUAGAAACUAUGAUCACGACCAUGAUGGGUACAUUUCCCAAGAGGACUUUGAAAGUAUAGCUGCCAAUUUUCCCUUCUUGGAUUCCUUCUGUGUUCUGGACAAAGAUCAGGAUGGCCUAAUUAGUAAAGAUGAAAUGAUGGCUUACUUCCUGAGAGCUAAAUCCCAACUACACUGUAAAAUGGGACCAGGAUUUAUCCAUAAUUUUCAGGAGAUGACCUAUCUCAAGCCAACCUUCUGCGAACACUGUGCGGGAUUUCUCUGGGGCAUAAUCAAGCAAGGAUACAAAUGCAAAGACUGUGGAGCCAAUUGUCACAAACAGUGCAAAGACCUCCUGGUUCUGGCCUGCAGGAGAUUUGCCCGGGCGCCCUCCUUGAGCAGUGGUCAUGGGUCACUGCCUGGAAGCCCCUCGCUGCCCCCAGCGCAGGAUGAGGUGUUUGAGUUCCCUGGAGUCACUGCUGGACACAGGGAUUUAGACAGCAGAGCCAUCACACUGGUUACAGGCUCUUCUCGCAAGAUCUCUGUGAGGCUACAGAGGGCCACCACCAGCCAGGCCACCCAGACUGAACCUGUCUGGUCAGAGGCUGGCUGGGGGGACUCAGGGUCCCACACUUUCCCUAAAAUGAAAUCCAAGUUCCAUGACAAAGCAGCAAAGGACAAAGGCUUUGCCAAAUGGGAAAAUGAGAAGCCCAGGGUACAUGCUGGUGUGGAUGUUGUAGACCGGGGCACAGAGUUUGAACUUGACCAGGAUGAAGAAGAAGAGACCAGACAGGAUGGUGAGGAUGGCUGACUUCAGGCUGCGGAAACUGAAGGCAAUAAUAAUGGCUUUCGGAAGGGGAAAGACGAGAAACUCUGAAGAAAGCUCUGACUCUCAGGAAGUUAUCUGGAAAGAUACCUGGAUGUUUACUGCCUUGGGACACUGUGGGAUCUCCAUGUUUGGACUAUGGGACAAAGAAUUGACCCUAACUAUGAACUAUUUAUUUCCUCCUCCCCUACCCCUAGUUAAGUGCCACAAAGACUGUGUUAUGUAGUCAGUACUUUUCUCAUGUAUCUUUCUCUAGACCAUUUAUAUACGGGUGAAAUGAAAGCUUUUUUGCAUGUACUUGAUACUCAGUCUGUAAACUCAGACUUUGCUUUUUUUGUGAGACUAUCCUUUCAAUAUUUUUAUAAACUUUUGUGUGUGCUGUGGCAGGGAACAGUUAACAAGGAGUUUAUUUAGAGGGGUUUUUUUUCAUUUUUUGUUUUUCUUGUUUUGUUUUGUUUUGUUUUGUUUUUCUUGGUGUGCUUUUUGGAUGGGACCAGAACUUAACAUUUUCCUGAGGACAAGAAAGCUCAUCAGACACUGGAAUGCAGUGAUUCUUCUAAUGAUGGUCAACUGCAAGGAGAAACUGUUUACAUUGUUCCCACUAUACAGUUGCUAUGAUAUGUAACAAGUCACACAUGUAUAUAUCACACAAGUCUUACCAAUUCUGCGUCACUAGGAAGCUAUAGCAUGGUCGUGAAAGCUCUCCUAAUACUUACUUACAAUAGCCAUGGAAGAAAAUUAUGCUUGUCCCUUCUGACUGGGUUAAGCCAUCUUUCUUAAGAUUCCUGAAGUAGAAAUAGAAAUUAAGAAAUUAAUUCAAGUUUUGAAGGUUAACAACAUUUAGCAGAAAAACAAACCAUUGAAUAAGCUACUAGGUGAAAUGCAAAACAACCAUCAAUUUUUUUAAACUCAAGAAUUUUGUGAAAAAAAACCACCACCAAACUUUUGGUUGUAAAACAGAACCCUUGUUCUCUUCCUAAGAAACUGCCUUCCACAAUUAAAGAAUACUCAUAGAAAGAAAAUAAUCAUAAAUCAUAUUUGAUUAACAUUUCAUUUAAGCUUUUAAAAUAUCAAUCUUCUUUUAAAUAGCUCCCAUUUACCCAAAAUAACUAGUUAUGGGUCUAUUUCUUCCAUGAUUGAUUAGAGGAGAGAGAACUUGAUUCAAGAUACUGAAAAAUAGAGCUGGGACUGAGCCCGUGAAUGACAGGAAUGAUCUAUUACCAGGUGACUAGUCGGAAACUACACAGAGGUGCACUGGUCUGCAUUUGGGGGCUAAAGUGUAUAUAUUCCAUUUAAAAUGGAAUUUGUUUGUUUGUAUUUGGGGCAGUCUUCAGUAAAGCCUUUCUCCUUUCUUUUCUCCAUUGAGGACAGUUCUGCUCAGCAAAAUUGUUGAGUACCUGUUCUGGGCAGGUCCCACGCUAUAUGCACAAAGUUAAGAAAAACUUGGUCUUAGCCCUUGGGAGCUGACAGCCCAUGGGCAUUAAGGCAAAGUAGUUCCAGUGAUUUAAAAUAUGGUUCCAAAUACACUAAAACCAACUUGUGCGAACCAGAUUUACAGAUUGGAAAUACUGCAGAUGAUGUGAAGUUAUCAGUUGAAGGAGAUGUGAUUAAGCUGGAUAAUAAGAGAACGUGCCAUCUGUAAAGCACUCAGAAGGCAGCCAUCCCUAGAUGUUGGUUUCAUGUAUAUUACACUAUCUACUACUAUCCAUAAAUGCAAUGAUAUGCAUGUUAACAACAUUAAAAACAGCAAACAGCAAUCUAAGUACAGAAAAGCUUUUUGUGUGUUUAAAAAAAUUGAAGAAAAUUCAGGAAGAAACGUUAAUAAACAUUGUACUGUUCUUUUGCUUCUCAAAGGAAUUAUUCACUUGCCACUUUGGUUAUUUUUGAGUUUUCAUACAUAGGAAGUUUUAUAUUGUCAGCCUUCCUGUGAUAAAGAUAUUAAAUGUAACUUGAGUAAAAAAUAAACAAAAAAGAACAAGUAACUAUGUAUAUACAUAUCUAAAUUACAUAUGGGCCUGUAUAUUGUGUGUGUAUAUACACAGUAAGUCCUCAUUUGUCCAUAGAUUCUUGGAAACUGCUACUUUAACAACUUGAAGUUGGUCUUGAAACAACUAUAACAAGACCAACUUUUUUUCUUAUCAACGUUGUAACGAAAGGAAAUUGAAUGAUAUUACCUUGUGGAGGACCAGUUUGAACACUUCAUUUGACUUAAAGUUGCUAUUUCCAAGAAUCUACAGACCAUGUUAAGUGAGGACUGACUUACUGUAUACACACACAUACACACACACACGCACACCCCCCCAUUAUUACUUUGCUGAAGACUAAUUUAAGUCUAUAACAAAACUGCCUUAUAAUUAUGAUUGAUUAUAUCAUUUACUGACAACCAGUGACUCUGAUGUUUCCAAUCUAUCAAUUUCCCAUCAUCAGUAAAAUAAACAAAAUAGGCAAAUCCACGAUGGGGCAAAAAGAACAAUCACAAUUGACUCCUCACCUUCAUUUUGCCGGUCUGAUGAUCACUGUCGCCCUGAAAAUUGAAAGGAAAAACAAAAGUAAACUCUUCUGAACAAUGAAAAUGAGGUAUGAAGGCAGGAUUUAUUAAAUGCUUCAAUUGCAUCUUCAUUGGAGCAUCUACAAAUUGACUGAUGCUUUCUCAGACCUGCCUAAACCACAGGAGCCAUGAUUGGUUAUUUGAACCCUUGUGUUGAGUGGAUAUCCCUUGAAGCAAUAAUGUGCCCAGAUUUUCAUGGUAAGUUUCUACGAUGGACAGAGGAGUUUGCAAUUUAAAAAUGAAGGCAGGACUUCUGCAGAAGAGAACGUCAAACUGUUAUUGAUGGUAGGAAGCUUAAUUAUUCCUAAGAUAAAUAUGUGAAUUUUCCCAAAACAUAUAAAGCUCUAGAAUGACUGAGGAGAUCAAUUCAGUGAAACUGUACCACAGAAGUGUACUUUUAGCAUGCAAUUCCCAACCAGACUGAAAUCUCAUCUUGGCUGCUUACAGUCAUGGAAUCCUGGGCAAGUCAGGUACAUCUAUUUGAGCCCUCAAUUUCUUCAUUUGAAAAAAAGAGAUUUCACCACCCUCUUCAACUACCUCAUAGAGUUUUGGUAAAGAUCAAGUCAGAUAAUAUAUGUAAAAGUAUUUGUAAAGACCUUAUGUUAUUAUAAUUUUACAAUUAAGCAGGA